AUGUCUGAACCCAUCAGAAAACACGGCGAUAUCUCCAAGGCUCCAACGCCUCAGAACACGCCGUCAUCUGUGGCAAACCUGUACCUCAAGCAACAGCCUCCAUCUGUCUCUACCAUUUCUGAGGAGGAUGAGAACAACUUGACGAAGCAGUUGGCCAACAACCCUGCACUUUUGCUGAUGAUCCAGGGCAAGUUGGGUACUCUCGUGGGUCAGCAGAGUGGAUACAUUGACCAGUUGUCGCGCCACGUUAAGAAGCGUGUUUUGGGAUUGAAGGCAGUCCAGCAGCUGCAGAUGAAGUUGGAGGCGCAAUUCCAGAAGGAGUUGUUGGAGUUGGAGAAGAAGUACUUUAAGAAAUAUGAGCCUUUGUACGAGAGAAGAAAGGCAAUUGUGAAUGGAGAACUGGAGCCAACCACUGAGGAAAUCGAGGUUGGAGAGGAAUUGGAGGAGAAAGAUGAGGAUGAAGAUGAGGAGGAGGAAGAAGAGGAAGAUGAUGCUGAGAAUGCCGCUUCUUCCGUCAAAGGCAUUCCAGGAUUCUGGUUGACUGCUUUAGAGAAUUUGCCUACCGUCAGCGAGACCAUUACUGAGAGAGAUAGUGAGAUCUUGCAGGAGUUGAAGGAUAUCCGUAUGGAAUACUUGGAGACACCAGGAUUCGAGUUGAUCUUCGAGUUCAACCAAAACGAGUUCUUUUCUAACCAGGUUUUGACCAAGACCUACCACUACCAAGCAGAAUUGGGCUACUCCGGAGACUUCGUGUAUGACCAUGCAGAUGGAUGCGAGAUCAACUGGAAGUCCAAGGAGAACAACGUCACCAUCAACAUCGAGAGACGUAAACAGAGAAACAAGAACACCAAGCAAACACGUACUAUCGAGAAGUUGACGCCUACUGAAUCGUUCUUCAACUUCUUCGACCCACCAAAGGCUCCACAGGCUGACGAGGAAGACGAAGAGGAAGAGGAGGAAGAUGAGGACGCAGACUUGGAGGAGAGAUUGGAGUUGGACUACCAGUUGGGAGAGGAGAUCAAAGACCGCUUGAUUCCACGUGCCAUCGACUGGUUCACUGGAGAUGCUGUUGGAUAUGGAUUCCCUGAAGACUUUGCUGACGAGGACGAGGAGGAGUUCGACAGCGAAGAAGGCGAAGACGACGAGCAGGAAGAUGACGACGACAUCAACGAGAAGGGCCCUAAGGAGAACCCUCCGGAGUGCAAGCAGCAAUAA